AUGGGUUCUUGCAUAAGUCGUCAGCUACCUGAGGACCGGGAGAGCCGGAGACCUCGACUGUUGGCCAAAUGGAGGCAACGGAGGGCAUUGAAGAAGGCAGAACGUACCUUCAGAAGGGCCAGUCCGACAUUUGGCCAGACCAGCGAGAUCGACACUCUGCGUGCAACAGAAUAUACCCCAUUGAAAGAUCACAUAUACCUCGAUUACACCGGCGCCGGCCUGUACGGCGAGAAACAACUGCGAACACAUUUCGACCUGCUUCGAUCCAGCAUCUAUAGCGAUUCCCAGUCGACGUCAAGCGCAGCGGCAGUCGAGCAAGUCAGGGCGCAUAUUCUUUCCUUCUUCCGUGCCUCCCCGGACGAAUACGAAGUCAUCUUCACAGCCAACGCAUCGCAUGCACUCAAGCUAGUCGGAGAAGCCUACCCGUUCACGCCAGAGGGAGAACUGCUGCUCCUAUGGGACAACCACAAUUCCGUGCAGGGCCUUCGAGAAUUCGCACGUGGAAAGGGCGUUUCUGUGACAUAUGCACCUGUGACGUCGCCCGGAUUGCAAGCAGACGAGGCGUUCCUGAAGAAGGCGAUUUACACCAAGGGAACAGGCAGCCCUCGUCUUUUUGCAUAUCCUGCCCAGUCAAAUUUCAGCGGCGUGCAGCAUUCACUAGAAUGGAUUGAGAUAGCGCAGGCUCAGGGCUGGGAUGUUGUUCUAGAUGCUGCGAGCUUUGUACCUGCAAACGUCCUAGAUCUCUCCCGAUGGCAUCCCGAUUUCGUACCAAUCUCCUUCUAUAAGAUGUUCGGAUAUCCUUCCGGUAUUGGCUGCUUGAUCGCCCGUAAACAGGCCCUGUCCAAGCUGCAGCGCCCAUGGGUAUCUGGCGAAAAGAUCCCUACCACGAUCCAGGAUCAGGGGAGCAACGACCGUAACAGCCAGGUAAUGACCCAGAAAUGGCACGAAGUAUUCGAGGACGGAAGUAUCGAUUUCUUCGGUCUCCCCGCGAUAGAGAUCGGCCUCAACCAUCUCUCCAGCAUCGGCAUGGAGACCAUCCAUAAUCGUGUUAUCUUGCUUGCAGGCUGGCUCAUCGACCGCCUCCUCGAGCUCCGUCACUCCAACGGCCGGCGCGCCGUCAUCCUAUACGGCCCCCAGAACACAGAGCGCCGCGGCGGUACCAUCAGCUUCAACUUCAUAGACCCCAACGGCCGCGUCAUAGACGAACGCAUCGUCGACCAGCGCGCCAUCCCCAUAAACCUCUCCCUCCGCACAGGAUGCUUCUGCAACCCCGGCGCCGGCGAGGCUGCGUUCCAUCUCACAGAACAGGCCCUGCUGAGUGCGUUUCACCAAGAAGCCGCAGCCAAAGACCAGGAUGGCGAUCCAAAGACCUUUGACGAGUUCCUAAUAGACAUGGGCAUGUCUACUGGCGGAGGUGUUCGUAUCUCGCUCGGCCUGAUGACCAAUUUUGCCGAUGUUUUUCGAUUUUUGCAAUUUGCGCAUACGUUUAUCGACGAUUUCCCAGCGGCAACGAAUCUUAAAGCGAGACUGCAUUGCUAG